AUGUCGCAGAUGAAUCAAGUCUACGAACUGCCAGGAGACCUCCCACCAGUGGCCGAGCUGCCAGCUGAAUUCUUACCAGCCGAGUUAUCUGACCAUGAGUCUGUCAGCGAGAAUGACCAUGGAGAUUCGAGAGGCCCAUCUGCUAGUUUGAUGCCAGCACCAUACUCGCAUGAUCUCCUGCCAACGCCUUUCUCUGCCUUCUCUGCCAUCUCUUCGAAUCCGUCGCUGAAGCCUUCUCCUCUCAACUUUUCGCGCCCAAAUUUUUCGCGACCACGUCCUGUAGAGUCGACUUCGUACAACUUUGGCAGUCAGGCUGGUCCUAUCCCCGAAUACGACCCGAACAAUCGUCCGACACUCUCUGAGCCAGUCCAGGCUCGUCCUGCUUCGCAUCACGAACAAGACAAUGACAAUGAGGAAGAGAGUAAUGACGGUGACAGGACACCUGCACCAUCAUUCAUCACAUAUACACAGGAGGAUACUCCACGGCACAGUCUAGAUGGAGCAAGCAUAGGAGGGGCGAGUAUCGACGACGCGUUACCACCUCCAAUCAGAACAUAUGCAGAUCUGAGAGACAUGCAAUUGCCGAGGGAUAGUAUCGAUGGAGACAGCAUCGAUGAGGCCGCACCGCCCGCAAUACGGGGUGCCCUCAGAUCUGGAGCCUUCAAUCAUGAGUUCAGUACCUUGAACAUGUCGAGAGGUGAUAGCAUCUACGAAGACUUUCCCACGCCCCCAGGUACAAAAUCUCCCAAGGAACAGUUUCGAAAAGACUCACAGGCCUUGCCGACCUCUGUCAGGGAGGAUGUCAAUGAUGCUACACCUUUAUCCUUCGGGCACAGCACUCAUCCGCUUGCGCGUACGAACACCACGAGCUCCAUGGCAAGCAGCUUUGAUGAAGCUGCGCCGCCUCCUGUAGCCACACAGAGACACCACUUGCUACAUAGGGACACCGAGAGCUCGAAAGGGACCAAGUCCUCAUACCAGACGAAGAAUUCUAGGGUAGACAGUGUUGUGGAUCCAUCACCUAGUAUCCCGCCAAAGAGUGUUGCACGCCAACAACCUGCAGCAGAAUCUUCUGCGCCAAAGUUGCUGAUCUACAAGCCAUAUGUCGACUAUGCUUCGAGUCAGCGAUCAAACUCAACACGUAUCGCAGCUUCCCAAGAGCAGAGUAAAAGGAAUUCGGGAACAGACAGCGACCGGAGAUACAGCUUAGCAGACAGUGAGAGUAGUUCAGUGUCUGACUUUGCUCUCAACGGUCAACUAGGCUGGAACCCACGCAAGAAUAUUUUGGCUGGAAAAGAAGCUCAGCGUCAACAGCGCUGGUCAGCACCUCUUACGAAUCCCCUGAAACUGGUGACAUCUCGGUCUAAGGGCAAAGAGAAGCAACAUACGUCGAUGCCGACGGUGCCGCAAGAGCCCUCGCGACAAGGCUCAAACGCAAGUUCACAGAAUGCCCUUUCGCCAGCCUCGAGCAGGGGAUCUACAGGAACUGGCAGCAGUGCUUCUAGCAGAGCGCCCACCAUUCCUGCACGCAUGCCUCGUAUCAUGAAACGUACAUCUAUAGACCAAAUGUCGCAACACGUCAAUCCCUGGCAAGGCGAGACCAUGAGUGAUCGUGGUAGCGAAUCCAGCAACGAAUGGACGAGCAGCGAAGUCGACACCUCGGGCCUUAGUGUGGAGAAGAUACACAAGCUCAAAAAGAAAGGCAUCAACCCAGCUCUGUAUGUUGAGAUGCAGAAUGCGCGUAAAGGGAAGAACAAGUGGAUCAGUCCUCUGCAAGGGAACUCGUUCAUCUCCUGA